UCUCCCUCUCUUCGCCCGAGCCUCCUUGCUCCCCGUAACCCCCCCCCCCCCCCCCCCUUUGCUCGCUCGCUAGCCUCUGUCUGUCUGAGCCAUGGCAGACAUCAGCGACCUGGACAGACAGAUCGAGCAGCUGAGGAAGUGCGAACUGAUCAAGGAGAACGAAGUGAAAGCUCUCUGUGCGAAAGCCAGGGAGAUUCUCGUUGAGGAGAGUAACGUCCAGAGGAUCGAUUCUCCAGUAACUGUUUGUGGGGAUAUCCAUGGACAGUUUUAUGACCUCAAAGAACUUUUCAGAGUAGGGGGCGAUGUUCCAGAAACGAAUUACCUCUUCAUGGGCGACUUCGUGGACCGAGGGUUCUACAGCGUCGAGACGUUCCUGCUCCUCCUCGCUCUCAAGGUGCGCUAUCCCGACAGGAUCACUCUGAUCCGAGGGAACCACGAGUCCCGUCAGAUCACGCAGGUGUACGGCUUCUACGAUGAGUGCCUGAGGAAGUACGGGUCCGUGACGGUGUGGAGAUACUGCACCGAGAUCUUCGACUACCUCAGCCUCUCUGCCAUCAUCGAUGGCAAGAUAUUCUGCGUGCACGGAGGCCUCUCCCCUUCCAUUCAGACUCUGGACCAGAUCAGAACGAUAGACCGGAAACAGGAGGUGCCGCACGACGGGCCGAUGUGUGACCUGCUGUGGUCUGACCCGGAAGACACCACAGGCUGGGGGGUGAGCCCGCGGGGGGCCGGCUAUCUCUUCGGCAGCGAUGUUGUCGCUCAGUUCAACGCGGCCAACGACAUCGACAUGAUCUGCAGAGCCCACCAGCUGGUGAUGGAGGGGUACAAGUGGCACUUCAACGAGACGGUGCUGACAGUGUGGUCCGCCCCCAACUACUGCUACCGGUGUGGUAACGUGGCAGCGAUCCUGUCCAGACCUCGACUCUCUUGCUGCUCCUGCUCUCCAAACGUCUUUUCUCUCGAGUCGGCGAUUCUCUCCCCAGCUCCGCCAGAGCCGAUCCCGCUCUCCUCUCUCCCUCCCUCCCUCUCUAUCCCUCUCCUCUGGUCACCCCGUCGGGGACUAACGUUUUUGUGGCAGCUGGACGAGCUCUGA